AUGUAUCAAGCAGCAGAGUCUUCAUCUUGGGGCGGAGGAAACUACCACAACAUAGCAGCAACAAGGCGUGCAUCGUCGUCGUCAGAUCCAUUAGAGAGAGUAGUAAGGCUAGCAUCAGGAAGUGCUGUGGUGAUAUUUAGUAUGAGUACAUGUUGUAUGUGUCAUGCAGUGAAAAGGCUGUUUUGUGGAAUGGGAGUACAUCCAACAGUUUACGAAUUGGACCAAGAUCCUAAAGGUAAAGAGAUGGAAAGGGCACUUUCAAGGCUAUUAGGGAACUCACCUGGCGUACCUGUUGUCUUUAUUGGUGGAAAAUUAAUUGGAGCAAUGGAUAGAGUUAUGGCUUCUCAUAUUAAUGGUACUUUGGUUCCACUUCUUAAGGAAGCUGGAGCAUUAUGGCUUUAAU